AUGUCGACAACCGAGGUAGACAUGUCCCCUGGCAAUUGUACCAUCGACUACAGUAUCCCUUAUCAUUGGGUAAUGGAGUACUCACCAUUUAUAUCUGUUUGGUUCUACAUCUAUAUUGUAUUCUUUGUGAUCGAACAAAAUGGGUCACUGAAGCUUUCCCAUCAACACGCCGCAAUAUUGAAUCAUCACUUUUGGAAUGGGGUUCAUCAAGUCUAUGUUUGUAUAUUUUACCGCCCAGUUGCCCAUCUCCCAAUGUUUGGGUUUCAAAUUGGUGGAGUCGUGAGGAGUUGGGGGCUCAAUGCCAUCGAAUUGUGGAUUGUUUGGGUUUGGGUGGUUUUUGUACUGCUCCUCUCUAUGGUGCACCUCUUCUACGCUCGACUCUAUACCAUAUCCCAUAUGAUGGUAAUCAACAGGUAUCGCCCUCUGAUCCAUGGUAGUACUGUAGUUUUUGUACUUUCAAUAUUUGUGUCAUUGGGUUGUGGGUCGAGUAUAUUGCUGGUAUUCUUGUCGACCCCAUAUGUGGUGCAAAUUAAGACGAACGCGUUUUUGAAAUACAAUAGCCGCGUCAUAUUUUGUCCAGAUUUUGCAAUUGUGGACCUGACAAUGUGGCAAACUAUUUUGCCGAAUGCCCUAGCCGCAUUUGGACUUGCCACGUUGUUCUUCAUUAUGGUAUUCAUGGGCGUUGCCAGCCUAAUAGUGCUGAGCACGAAAAACCCAUCAUCUUCAAUUAAAACUCGGAAGACACAGAAGACCCUGAUGCAAAGUUUUGUAAUACAGGUGAGCCGAUAA